CGUUCCUUAUUACGUCAUCUAGGCGACACGCGGGCUAGUCUUAGCAGUUAGUAGAGCGUUGUGGCUGCUCGUCUUUUAACCUGAUUCACCGAAUUUCAGCCGAAGCAGAAACCCGCAUAACGAUGGCUGCUGUCGGGGUACAGGGCAGGAAGAGGCUCCUAAAGGAGGAGGACAUGACCAAGGUGGAGUUUGAGACCAGCGAGGAGGUGGAUGUUACCCCCACCUUCGACACGAUGGGUCUCCGGGAGGACCUGCUCCGCGGGAUAUACGCCUACGGCUUCGAGAAGCCGUCGGCCAUCCAGCAGAGAGCCAUCAAGCAGAUCAUCAAAGGCCGUGAUGUCAUCGCUCAGUCUCAGUCUGGGACGGGGAAAACCGCCACCUUCUGCAUCUCUGUGCUGCAGUGUUUGGACAUCCAGGUGAGGGAGACCCAAGCUCUGAUCCUGGCUCCGACUCGGGAGCUGGCGGGACAGAUCCAGAAGGUGCUGCUGGCGCUGGGCGACUACAUGAACGUCCAGUGCCACUCCUGCAUUGGUGGCACCAACGUGGGCGAGGACAUCAGGAAGCUGGACUACGGGCAGCACGUGGUGGCCGGCACGCCGGGACGCGUCUUUGACAUGAUCCGGCGCCGCAGCUUGAGAACCCGAGCCAUCAAGAUGUUGGUUCUGGACGAAGCCGACGAGAUGCUGAAUAAAGGCUUCAAGGAACAGAUCUACGAUGUGUACCGCUACCUGCCUCCUGCCACCCAGGUGGUUCUGAUCAGCGCCACGCUGCCUCACGAGAUCCUGGAGAUGACCAACAAGUUCAUGACCGACCCGAUCCGGAUCCUGGUCAAGCGUGAUGAGCUGACCCUGGAGGGCAUCAAGCAGUUCUUCGUCGCCGUGGAGAGAGAGGAGUGGAAGUUCGACACCCUGUGUGACCUUUACGACACGCUGACCAUCACACAGGCCGUCAUCUUCUGCAACACCAAGAGGAAGGUGGACUGGCUGACGGAAAAGAUGAGGGAGGCGAACUUCACCGUGUCGUCGAUGCAUGGAGACAUGCCCCAGAAAGAGAGAGAGUCCAUCAUGAAGGAGUUCAGGUCCGGCGCCAGCCGGGUCCUGAUCUCCACAGACGUGUGGGCGCGCGGACUGGACGUCCCCCAGGUGUCGCUAAUCAUCAACUACGACUUGCCCAACAACCGAGAGCUCUACAUCCACAGGAUUGGCCGGUCGGGUCGCUAUGGCAGGAAGGGCGUGGCCAUCAACUUCGUUAAAAACGACGACAUCCGGAUCCUGCGGGACAUCGAGCAGUACUACUCGACCCAGAUCGAUGAGAUGCCCAUGAAUGUGGCUGACCUGAUCUGACCUGAUGACGUCACAGCCCCACCCCUUCCUGUUUACUCCUCAUUGGCCUCAGUUGCUUCCUGUUUUAUCUGUCCAUUUGACGUUCGCUGUUGAACGUCAGCCGUUUUUGUAAAUAAAUUUGCUUUGGAUUCA